AUGCUGGCCGACAGCCUGGUGGAGGAGUUCGAAAUCCGCGAGGAUGAGCCCUGGUACGACCAGCAGGACCUGCAGCAAGAUCUUCACCUUGCUGCUGAGCUUGGCAAGACACUCCUGGACCGUAACACUGAACUAGAAGAAUCCUUGCAGCAAAUGUAUGCAACAAAUCAAGAGCAAUUGCAGGAGAUUGAGUACCUCACAAAGCAAGUGGAGCUCUUGCGGCAGAUGAACGACCAGCAUGCCAAAGUCUAUGAACAGCUGGAUGUGACAGCCAGAGAACUGGAAGACACUAAUCAAAAACUGGUUGCAGAGAGUAGAGCUUCACAACAAAAGAUAAUAAGCUUGACAGAGACUAUUGAAAGUCUGCAAACACACAUAGAUGACCUGCAGCGACAAGUGGAAGAACUGAAGAAGCCUGGACGAGGCCGGGUGAGCCAGGAGAGAUCUGAGCAGCCAAGAUCAAUGCACAGCUUCUCAUGCUUGAAGGAGCUCUACGACCUCCGCCAGUAUUUUGUUUACGAUCACGUCUUUGCAGAAAAGAUUACUUCGAUGGACAGUCAGCUAAGUCCUCUAGAAGAAGAAAAUGAGAAGUUGAAGAAGGCAGUGACAGUUCUGCAAGCCCAGCUGAACGUGGAGAAGGAGAAGAGGGUGAGCAUGGAAGAGGAAUACAGUCUCAUGGUGAAAGAGAACUGCGAGCUGGAGCGCAGGCUGGUCGACACAGACGUGUACCGGGCUCGGGCGGAGGAGCUGGAAGCAGAAGUAGCUGAAAUGCGACAGAUCCUUCAGUCUGAAAACACGCUCCAUAACGCAGAGAAAUUGGUGCCAGAAUCCUUUUUCAUUUCAUUCAAGGAAUCUCUAGACAGGGAGCUUGGUCAGAGCCUGGCAGAUGAUGGACUUGUGACAGUAUCAGAGCUUGAGAAGAAGGCACUGAAACGGAGCAGCAGCGAGAGCCUCCUGAGCAGCGCGGCCGGGGCAGACAUCCUCAGGGGCCAUGAAGAAACCUGCAUCAGGAGAGCUGAAGCUGUGAAGCAGCGAGGGAUCUCUGUACUCAAUGAAGUUGAUGCUCAGUACAAUGCUUUGAAAGUGAAGUAUGAGGAACUUUUGAAGAAGUGUCAGAUGGAUGAAGAUUCUUUGAAACACAAGGCUGUACAAACACUGAAGCAGUAUUCCAAAGACCUAAACGUGGGGAACACCCAGUAUGAUCUUUCAGCUAGCAAUCAAGAAUUCACAAUUGCUGAGCUAAGUGACUCUUCCACAAAUGCUCCCCCUGAAUACAAAGCACUAUUCAAGGAGAUUUUUAGCUGUAUCAGAAAAACAAAAGAAGAAAUAGAUGAACAUAGAGCAAAGUACAAGAGUCUCUCCUCUCAGCCGUAACCUUAUCUAUUAGUCAAGAAAACACUUCAUAUGAAUGUCAGAAGACCCCUUAAACUGAUGUGUUUCUUAAGCACUCAAAAUGAAUGUUUUGGAUAGGCUGGUAGCCCUGUAGUUAACAAGCUAGUUAGUUAUCAGCUAGAUUCCCCGUUCCUGUGUAGCAGUAGAUUUCAUGUUUAGCACUGUCACACAAACCAGUGGUUGUAAAGCAAACAAACAUCAUAGCUUUAUGCUACACUACUACUUCAUAUUACACUUCAUCUCUGGCCAGAGCAGUGACUGGAACUUGUUUCCUUAGUCCACUUCAGAAAUACUAGAGCUAAGAUCUCUGAAUGUCUCACAAGAACCAGACUCAAGCUCUCCUUUGGUUCACAGGGAUGAUCUAGCCCUGUGAUACACUGAUGGAGAAAAUGAACAAAAGCAAAGCCCCGACCAGUCCCAAGGGCAGCAUUUCCUCAGCUCCAGGAGGGGAGCAGUCCAGCUGAUCUUGCUUUGGCAGGGUGGUGGAAAGCUGUGCUUGCUUUAAGCUAAUACCACGUUUUCACAAUCACUAAGCUCUCCCACAGAUUAGCAUAAAUGUCUUUCUACUAAGAAAGGAUUUGAUGUAAAGUUUGUGUGGCUUUUUAGAUACGGUUUCCUUUGUAGGGCACUUUGUCUUGAGGCAAGAUACUGUGA